AUGGCCGCACGCGACGUGGCUCCGAAGACGUGGCCGUCGGGGUUGACCGCGGCCGAGCGCAUCAAGGCGGAAAUGGACCGAGAUCGGCGCCAAGGCGGCCAAGGCGAGCAAGACGGUCACAGCGAGGAGGCCUUCGACGAGCUGCUCUGGAACCAGCAGGUCACUGACCUGCACAGGGUCAUGGAAGUGGCGAAGUCAGUGUGGCUUCUGCUCGAGCACAGCAACGAGGCCAUGGUCCGGGUAGCUCUGGAAAUUGCCCUGGAUGGCACCUACAAGAAAGUACUGUGGUGGCCCGACUUCUGGUUUUCGGACCAUGACAAGCGCGAAUAUUUCAAGGAGAUCGUGAGGAUCAAGCUUGCCAUCGCCAUCGCCAAUGCGAAAGGUUCGGCAGUCGAUCUCUCUGAGUUUCAAAAGAACGAGGAGGAGAGCGAGUUGGUCAUCGGCCUCCGGAAGAAGAUCACCGAGCUUGAGGAGGCGCUGCGCAAGGCGCGCGCGCUGCAGGAGGCUGCAGAGGCGCGGUGCCGGGAGCUGGAGGCGGCCGCCGCCGAGGCGGCCGAUCGCAUGGCCGCCAUGGAGAAGUCCCUGGAGCAGCUCCGCAAGGAGGUCAAGGACGCCUACAGAAACUCCCUGGCGGCCCCGGGCAGUGACGGAUCGGAGGAGGAGAUCCUGAAGCUGAAGCAGCAGCUCAAGAUGAGCGAGGAGCAGCGAGCGAAGCUGGAGGAGAUGAUCGCGCAGUUGAAGAUGCAGCUGCAGCAGGCCUCGGAUUCCGGCGCUGCCUCGGAUCGGCUCAAUGCCGAGCUGCAAGCUGCUAGGAAGCGGAUCGAGGACCUCGAGAGCCGGCUGAAGGAGGCCUGCACAGCUGCACCAUACUGCACCUUUUUGCCCUCAGAUCUGUUUUCUCUGUUUGACGCUCUCCGCGAAGAGGCCCAGAAGGAGAUCGCGGCCCUAAAGAAGCAGAAGGGCCCGGUGGCCGCCCCAGCAAGGCAGACGUUGGCAGACCCGCGGCAUCUUCUCGCCCUCCUCUCCUCUAAUCAAAUUGUGGUAGGCCGGGUACGUGCCAAGGCUCCAAGUAGCGCCGGGACCAAGCCGGCGGCCGCGGGCUGA